AACGCAAGCCGCGGUGUGCAAUUUUCAACGCGAAAGGAUUUUAGUGAAGAAAAAGGUGAAGUACAGUUUUGAUUUGGAUUAACCUUCGUCAUUGCUUAGCAGUACACUUUCCGAGUUCUGCAACAAGUUUCUCACCUGUUCUUGCCGUUCUUAUCAGCACACUAUCGCCAACUAUUGCGUACCCCAGGCCGGCCGGUGCGCGUGUUUUGGUGUUCACGCGAGAUCGUACCGCAACACAUUCGAGCAGCACAGCAAGCAGCCGGGCAGGUAAAUGAACGCAACAGAGAUGGAGGAGGAAUCAGCCCCGGAGCAGCAACUUCCAGCGGAGGUGAAAGAUGAAUUUGGGCGGAAGCGAAUUUUCGGCCAGCAAGGCACGCUGCGCCUCAUCGAAUGUGUUCGCCAACGACCGAAACUGUGGCAUCGCCAGUAUCUGCGCAGUCGAGCGUCGGGCAUCGAAGAUUGGGAGGAAAUACAGCGGACGGAAUUUAGCACGAUCAGUGUGAAUCAGUUGCGCGUGCGCUGGAAAACACUGCGCGAUUGCUUCCGCCGGGAGGCUAAACGUAUAGAGGAUGGAACGAUCCCAGCAAUCCGCUGGCCACUGUACGACCACAUGCAGUUCCUGCACGGUCACUUUCGGCUGAAGAAGAGUAAAACCCGCAAAAACGGUGGAAAAACGGUAUGCCGGCCAGAACGUGUGUCUUCUCCGCUGCAAAACAAUCCCAAUGAGACUGAAGUCAAACAGUCGAUCAAGUUCGUACCGAUCGAGGAGGACAUCAAAUACGACACAGGUCCCUCUGAACGUUCGAUCGAUGAACAGGACGUCAAGGAGGAAGAUGAUACAUCAAUUGAUGACGGUGAGGUUACUUACAAGAAUAAGUUCCGGCCGCGUUCCAGCAAAUCCGCUUCGAGCACUUCGACCGGUGGCGGCUGGGUGAAGCCUGAUACCGAAAAUCCGGACUGUCGCUUUUUGAUGAGCCUGACGCCAUUUUUAAACGAUCUGCCAGCGGAGGAAAAUUUAAAAAUUCGCAUCAAAAUGCUGCAACUGGUAGCGGCUGCAAACAGAAGCUCGGGCUCAGGGUCGUUUGUUAGGAAGGAUCGUUCUUAAGGUUUUAGAGCAAAGGUCAAGGGUAUCAGGAGGAGUGCAAUUCGAAACGUGGUAUAUGAUUUUGCUCAUACACUAAUAGAAAAUGUUUAGUAUUACUGCCGGUUAUGCAAGAUAGGUACAAUUUUCAGGUUACAUAUUCAUCAUAUUAAAUAGUUGUACGAAAUUGGAUUACAAAUCUGGUAACAGGGGCUACUGGUCCAGAGGGAAUUGAGUACAACAUCCAGCAGUAAAAGUAGAUUAAAGAGCGGCAGCGACAUUCUAAUCUUUACUUACAGGGCUUGCUGGGGUCAAUUCUUAGUUUGUAUUCAAUUCAAAGACUUCAGCUGGCUGUAAGCUCCAGCUAACACUAGGAAAAAAUAGCUCAAAUCGCAGGGUAAGAAGGAGAUCAUUCCUAGGAGUUAAUUAUUGUACUUUAACAUUCCUAGCUCAUCUUUUGCUUUAAAUGUAGCUUCGUGCUUCAUCUGGAAUUACAAGCAGCUUCAUAUUUUAUUAUUAUGAAUGAGUAGCUGUAACGUAGGAACUAUUCUUUGAAUAUUUUGUAUAAAAUACUACAUAACUCUAGA